GGACUCGCUGUACACAGACAUUUCUGCGGGCAGACUGAUCACGAUGGCUGGCGUUUCGAUCGGGAUCGCAACCGGCAAGGUCGUCGAGGACGGCAUCGGGGUGGGGUUCAAACGGUCGGCGACGUUCCAGACCGCUCUGCAGCAACAGCAGCAGCAGCAGCAGCGGCAUGUAGGCCAUGCUGGCCUUCCUGUGAAGUCGACACGUGGCUGCUGCCGGGGCAAUCAUGCUGUGAUGGCCGGUGACACGUGGCGAUCCCAUGAGCACAUCCAUGGUGGUAGAAGGAUUUGCAAUGUGCUCUUGGGGAGGGAGUUGGGAUCCCAGCAGCAGCGCCUUCCUCUCGGGCCACGGGUGGUCAGGCUGACCUGGAAGAUGACGAGGAAGGGACAUCCCGUGCGGUUGUCUGGGCCGGGAGAAAGGGACGGCCGGGAUCGGGUCGGGUUGCCGUUGACAGCAACGGCGGACUCCUCUGUAAGCUCCGAACGACCGGUAGCUGUUGCCAACGACGACGAGAAACUCGACGACCAGGGCGUUCCAUCCGCCAGCAAUGAAGGGACAGAGGCCAAAACGGGAUCGUCAAAGAUGUCAAAUAACGCCCCAAACGAAGAGAAAGCUGAAAGCUGGAAGAAAGUACGAGAAAUGAUGGAGAAGGGUACCAUCUGUGAAGUGAAGGUGGUUGAAAGCAAUUCUGGAGGCCUCGUUGUGCACGUGGCAGGGUUAAGAGGGUUUCUACCUUUCUCUCAAGUUGAUCGUGCGAGAAUGACCACGGAUAUGGGUGUAACUGGUGGAGAGACUAUGAAAAUGUCGGCGGUCGGAGCGAAGUUGUCCGGCAAGACGAUCUCUGCAAGGGUGAUCGAGGCCUCUGAACGGACGUCCAGGCUUAUCGUAUCAGAGAAGGCCGUCAUCUGGGCUGCACAAUUUGAUCAGCUGAGUGUCGGCGACGAGCUCGCUGGGGUUGUCACAUCUGUGACCGACUUCGGUGCCUUUGUGGACGUGAAGCCACCUAAUGGAGGGUCGCCUAUGAGUGGGCUUAUCCAUGUGUCGGAGAUGUCAUGGGAUGCAGUUCGCAAUCCUGCUGACAUUGUGCGAGAAGGCGACCAAGUGUCAGUGAAAUUGAUCGAGAUUGACAGGCGUGACUCUCGCCACACUGUUUAUGACAUUGAUGGGGUACUGGCGAGGAGGACAAGGAUCAGGGCUGUGAGAUUGAUCAAUGUGGAGGAAGGUCACCUGUUCACGUUCGUGGUGCAAAGUCAGCUUGACGACGCGGGCAGUGAUGGCGUAAAUGAUUCUGAUGGUGCUGCGUUGCCCGGCCUGCAGGAGAUAUGUGAUGAGCUGCUCCGUGAAGAAGGGGUGGAGAAGGUGCUACUCGGACGGAAAGCUAUUGAGAAGAAAGUAGUUUCACAAGACUUGGAGCUAUGGCUGUCAAAUGUGCCGAUUGAAGGAGGUUUUACUCUGCUUGCUCGAUCCGGCCGCCAGGUGCAAGAGGUCAAUGUGAUCACAUCACUAGACCGAGAGAAGAUGAAGGCCGCCGUACAGACAGUCACCUCAAGAGUGCCAUGAUCGGCAGUACGCGGCGGGGGGUGGAGCUGGGGGCGGGCAAUGGCAGGGUUACAGAGACGAAAGGGUUCUGUGCUCGAAAGGAAAAAAAAAAAAAAAAAACUUCAAAAAAGUAAAGGUAAGGAAAUGUUUCUGUCGACAAAUGUAAAGCGGAGGGCCAGCUGGCAAUUGUCAUGUACAUAGAGAGGUCAGAAAAACACAGCUAUACAGCGACACAUUGCUAGCUCACUCGCAACCAGCAGGCCCUGAGGAACAGUUGUACUCUGCAGGUAACGACUCCUGGGACAGCUGCCAGAGGUGCAGGACCUGAGGAACAGGUGUACUCUGCAUGCGGUGUGGUGUAAUGAAAUGAAGCUAAGAGGAGACUGGCUGGAAGGCAAGGGCGGAGGGGAAGCUGUCGAGAGUGGCAUGCCUAUACGGAUCACAUGUGCAAUUGUGCGUUGUUAUCUGAAACUGCCUUGAGGAACUUCUUGCCAGAAAGAAUGGGAGAGAGAGAGAGAGAGAGAGAGAGAGAGAGAGAGAGAGAGAGAGAGAGAGAGAGAGAGAGCUUGGCAGAAUGCUUCAGCAAUGGAAAGGAGGUGCCUAUGAAAAUGUACCUUGUGACGGAUAAACUAUGGAUCGCACGGAAUGCCUUCCAUGCCGCUAGCUGGUUGAAGGGAAUCUCAUUCUGAUCAAUGGUUGUGAUGUGACCCAAAAGAAUGGUUCUGAUCGAAGGUUCUGAUCGGACUAUUGGCAUGGAAUGGACCACUGAGUCACUGACUUCUUCGAUCCGAUUGAUCGAUAGUGGUGGGGUUGUUUUGCCAACAGCUUGCUCAUGCAGAGUCCGUAGUUGACGGCACAGUGACACACAUGCUAUUGAUGAAUUUGGACUGUGGUGAUGAUCAGGUCCUCACUCGAUAUGAUGCUAUUGAAUAGUCCGGAUGCUAUGGACUAUUCAGUAGCAUGCUGUUGGGCUGUCGGCCGAUUGGUCUGUUAGUGUGGGUGAAGAAUACAUCACGAAACAGCCUGGCCAAACUGAGAGAUGAAGAACAGGGGUAUUGAUAGCUGAUAUGUCUGGAUGCAUCCGAAGGCGGGAAUCGAUUUGGUCUGUCUCAAUCGACGGCUGAGGUGUUAUUAUAAUCUUGUGUUUAAAGGCCAGGGGGCACUUUGCUCCUUUGUGCAAUGGCUGUGAUUUCUUUCCCUCUUUCUUGUUCGUGCACGAGGGAGGAGCUACCUCUCCACGGGCGAGACGCAUGGAGCACACGAUGGCUUUGAGGCUUUGAGGCUGGGCGCCAAAGCGCAGAAGGGUUUGAUUCAUAUUCUGUACCCUCUUCUUGGUGCCGUUUUUCUGGGCGGUUUCGUGGGCAUCAUCAGCCAUCGGCUGUGUUCAAUACCGAUCUAAGAGAGAGAGAGAGAGAGAGAGAGAGAGAGAGAGAGAGAGAGAGAGAGAGAGAGAGAGAGAGAGAGAAUAUCUACUGUGCCACACUAUUAGUUGGUUGGCAGGAUUGAUGUUAAUUUCAAAAAAAAAACAAAAAAAAAACAGUGCU